AUGACCGUGCGCGAGGAGGACCGGAAGAACAUGAGACACAGCAGCUCUUGGCCGGAUCGGGCGCCACAGACGGUGAAAGUGCGCGUGGAUCCGCUGUCGCGCGCCUUCACGAUCAUACCGACGAUUCGCGAGAGCCUGCACCCGGUCUUGGCCACGACGACCGACUGGAUCGACGAGAUCGUCUUCGUCGAUCAUGGCGGCUCGUCGUCGGUCGACGCGAAACGACGCUUCGCGGCCGGCACCAGCACGACCGACCGGAAUGGUCUCGGUGAAUUAGGGGAAACUUUCGAACUACGCACUCUGGUACCUGACGUUAUGAAUAAAAGUUGCGGAAGAGCCAUCCACGGGGACGAUGGACGAAGCGGCGAGGGUCGUAACAGCGAGUCAAGAUUGCCUUCGGCUCCCUCCACCGACCAAACUGCCAAAGAUCCUCGCGGUGGCGACAGAGAUACGUCCGAGGGAACCAAAUCGGACUUGUGUCCGAUUGACGAAGAACGUAAGUCGAUACCGAAGCUCCAGAGAAACGAUACAAGCGGGACGAACUUGGGAUUGGAAUCCAUCGAAAUAGCCUCGAGUCUUCCCGACGUACCGAGCCAAGCAGAAGCUUCGAAGGUGAACGAGUGCGAGCAGGAGGACUCGCCACCUCUGCAGACUAUCGUCGAGAUAGAGACGCCGAAACGAAACGAUCCUCGCGAAACGAAAGACGAACUAGUCAUCUCCCGAGAGUCCACCCCGAGGAAGACACCCACGCCGCAAAUCGAGAUAGUGGAUUACGACGACAUAACGAGCUUGGCCGUCUCGAUCGAGAGAGCCGUGCAGCACGCGUGUCCGAAAUGCACGUCGGAAGGGCAACUUCGCGAGCGCGUAGACCCGUUCCGAUCGCCGAUGUCGAGGAGGAAAAGCAUAGCCGGCCGGUGUCAGGGCGGCAAGCCGGAAACGGUCCGUAAAUAUUCCACGAUGGAGGGUAAAAUGAAGAACAGCUGGCGUAGGAUAGGAGCGAGCGGUCUAAUUGGAGGCGCCAGGAAUAGGGAGAGGGAGCGGUUGGCGCGGAAGAGGAACGGCAGCCCGCUGUGUAGGCCGACGAGCGAAGUGAGGAAAGAGGCCACCCUGAGGAGGCACUACUACCCGGAGGGAGGCUGGGGCUACGUGAUCGUGACCUGUUCGACUCUCGUCCAUUUCCUCGGGAUCGGCUUGCAGCUCGCGGCGCCUGGCAGCUGGCACCUGACCGCCGAGCUCAAGUUCCAUCAGCCGGCCCUUCACAGCGCAGGGUGGCUGGGAGCAAUGUCGACGGGAGUGGCUCUACUAGUUUCACCCGUAACAAUAGCGUUUUGUCGGAGAAAAAGUACAAGACUCACCGCAGUUUUGGGUGGCCUCGUUACAGCACUCGGCUGUCUUUUCACUUCUUUCGCCUCGCAGUUCCACCAGUUGUUCUUCAGCUACGGCGCCGUGGUUGGUAUAGGGGUUGGCAUGACGAGGGAUUGCAGCACGUUAAUGGUGGCGCAAUAUUUCAAGAGACGUAGAGAACUGGUCGAGAUUUUUAUCGUGUCCGGAAGUGGCCUUGGUAUCGCAGUUAUGUCGGCUUUUAUAAAGGGAAUGAUUAGCAAGAUCGGCUGGCGUUUAGGUCUUCAGGCAGUGACGGGCGUAGUUUUCCUCACGUUCAUCUUGGGCACAUUUUACCGCAGUGCGUCCCUGUAUCACCCGCAACGCAGAGCCAUCCUGCACCUGAAAAAUCAAAAGCGUAAAAUUAAAGACAAGAACAAGACCGACGACGGGCCACCGUUCUUCGACUUCAGUACGCUGAAGAGCAAAACCGUAAGAAUACUGCUGGUGUCCACUGGAAUAUCUGCCUUUGGAAUCAACACUCCGAUAUUUUACUUGGCCCAUCAGGCGGAGAAAGAAGGCCUCGGCGACACGGUGAUCCUGCUUCAGGCUUAUCUCGGCCUGGCCUGGACCCUCGGCUGCGUAGCCUUUGGCCUUUUGGUCGUGCAUCGCAGCGUCGAAUGCAGAAUUGCGCGUCAGUAUCUCACGCAAGCGGCGGUAUUUGUAUGCGGAUUGUGCAUUCUGGCCCUCACCGCGGUGCAGGGAAAUUAUCACGGAUAUGUGCUGUUCGCCUGGAUUUACGGCAUCUUCUGCGGCGGCUACCAUUACAGUCUGAAAAUGUACACGUACGAGAGAGUGAGGGCGAGAAAUUUCGCAAGAACGUGGGGCUUGGUUCAAUGUUCCCAAGCUAUCCCGAUAGCAAUUGGAGUUCCAAUCUCUGGGUACAUGAACAUCGGCUAUGGCGGAAAGGCCGGUUACUACUUCAGCUCGACCUGCGUUCUGGUAGGCAGUUUCACGCUGUUUUUCAUAGACCUUCACAGAAGAAACUUGUCGAGGCAUAAACACACCAGGUCAAACGGGACCAAGCACAUCUGCGUUUCGGAGAGUUGCCCUCAGCGCCGCAAGUUGUCGUUCAGCCAAGAACCGGACAACGAUGGCACCCACGUAGCUGCUGCCGGGGCUGCUGCAGCUGCUCUGGUCCUUGGUACCGAGAUUGCACCAAAUCCAGGCGAACUGAUCGACGGCCUAGCCCCGGAGAAACCCGAGUUAACCUGCAUCUCCGAAGAAGGGAUCGCGGACAUGGAUCUUCCCGACAACAUGCUCGAGGAUCUCGAUUACAUCGGCGAUUGCAUAACCUCGUGCAACAAGGUCGAGAACUACCUGAUGCUGUCGGAGUUCGAGAACAAUCUGAUAGCCGAAAUGCCGAUCAUCACGGACCGUCGAGGUCGAAGAUGGUCCCUAGCUCGAUCUAAGGGCGGUCAAUCCAACGUGGAUCGACUCCCGGCACCUCAACCGGCGAUCGAAGAACCGGAACCCAAGCCUAAAUGGCACGCGACGAAUGUGCCUCCUAAUAACAGAAUGAUCACGGUGAUCGACGAGGCCAGCACGUAG